AUGCUUGCGCUGGAAUCGAUCCAGAUGGACGAAAACAGCAUAGACGCCUCGGGGACUUCUGAGCCCGGCGCCUUGAACACAACACUAGCCCCGGCGCCCGUGACGGGGCUCUGCUACCAAAAUAUUCUCCGCCCGCGACAGAUAUUGUGCUACGAAUUACAAACGAGUGGAUUCGGGUGGGCUGUGGAUUGUGGCCUGUGGUCUGUGGGCAGCGACGAAACGAGAACCGACAUCCCCUCCCUUCUCCUCACCUGCCUUUGGCACCGGCGGCCAUUUGACGGUAUCUCCUGGCCCGGUCUAUUGUACAGCUGCCUUACUAUUCAUACAGACUUUGCUCCGUUUCUGCGCGGUGAUUCCACCUGUAUAUGUGCUGUGCGAUCCUGUGCGUUUCCCCAUGAGGUUUGUAUAGUCAUCGAGGAUCUUGCUGGUGCCUCGGUCGCGUCGCAAAGAUUAUUUUGGCGCGCCGGUCCAGGGCUUAGGAUCAAACGGUGGUCUAAACUUUCUGGUCUGGCGAUCACUCCAAGACUAUGA